UAAUUGUUUCCUGUCGUUAUGUCUGGACGCGGGAAGCAGGGCGGCAAGGCUCGCGCCAAGGCCAAGACGCGCUCGUCGCGGGCCGGGCUGCAGUUCCCGGUGGGGCGCGUGCACCGCCUGCUCCGCAAGGGCAACUACGCCGAGCGGGUCGGGGCCGGCGCGCCGGUGUACCUGGCGGCCGUGCUGGAGUACCUGACGGCCGAGAUCCUGGAGCUGGCGGGCAACGCGGCCCGCGACAACAAGAAGACGCGCAUCAUCCCGCGCCACCUGCAGCUGGCCAUCCGCAACGACGAGGAGCUCAACAAGCUGCUGGGCCGCGUCACCAUCGCGCAGGGCGGCGUCCUGCCCAACAUCCAGGCCGUGCUGCUGCCCAAGAAGACCGAGAGCCACCACAAGGCCAAGGGCAAAUAAGGUCUCCCUAGCAACUUGCAAACAAAGGCUCUUUUCAGAGCCACUCA